ACACUUCUCUGUGUUGUGAUACUUGAGUCUUGUGGUCGCUAUCGUCAGUAUGUUUCUGAUGGAUACAAAAGGAAAUGUACGUCGUUUAAAUAUCACUUCAGAUGCUGGGUGCGAUUUUUGUUUCCUACUUGAAAUUGAAGAUAACACUGCAACCGUGUCAAACAAAACAAAUCAUCAUAAUCUAACUUAGAAUAUAAAAGCUUCUUGGUUUAAUGCAUUCUUUCAUAAUACCAGUCAUGUUUGAUGUUCACAUAGCUGCAUGGAUUACAUUCUUCAUGGCAUGUGAUGCAUAGUCUCUCCUCUGAAGUGUUCAUCAUCUCUCGUUCCGUUAGGAUUCUAUAGCUUCCCACGGCAACUUAAAAAAAAAAUGCAACUGCUAAGUCAGAUUGUGUUUGCUCACACACACACACACACACACACACACACACACACACACACACACACACACACACAAGUUUACCACUUCACUGUGUGUGGCGAAACAUACUAACACAUUGGUGUAAAAUCUGUCCAGGGAGAGGUUCUCUGAGGCAGCGACUGAUAGAAACGCUGUCAGUUAGCCUGGUGGUGCUGACAGAAUGUUGUGGUCAGACGCUGGGGUUACGAAAAAAAUGAAAGCCACAGUACUGCAGCCUUAAAAUCAUAGGGGGGGGGUAAAAUUGCCAUCUUGAAAUUAAAUAAAUUACAGGCAGGGAUUUAAAAAUAGAUUUGCACACUCUUUUUUUAGCAGCUCAGUGUCAAGCUGCGAUGAAAGCAAGAAUGUAGAAGGAUAAAGGUCAUUCAUGUGAUUUAUCACACAUUCACUGCAGUAGCAGAGUUUGUUUUUGUGUCACUCAUGGAGUCCCAGUAGAUUUGCUGCUUUAAGUGGAAGUCUGUUGUUUUCCGGUCAGUUUGUGCACCCAGUCUGUUAAUCCAGACUAUCUGUCUUGCACUGCGAAAGCUAUUUGGGGCUAUAGUGUCAUCAGAUUUGGAAGGCCAUGAACAAUGCAUCCUUUUUUUUCCGCAGUAUUUUUCUGUGUGUGUUGUUGGGUGAUUUAUUUAGGCCAAAAACAAACAUAAGAGUUGACACAAAUUCACAAUGAGAUCUUUGGAACGGUUGAAGGAAAACAAAAAAAGAUUUUCUGCAGAGGAAGCACUGAGCUCAUUUCCGCGCAGCUCUGAUAUUUUAGCUCAGGAACUAGCAAUGUCCUGUGGAAUCACGGCUGUAUGCAACCCUUAACCUCGCUGGUGAAAUAUGUGCGCAGCUGCAGGGAGGAAGUUUCAGAGAGUACAACUAAGCAUAUCCUGUCAAGGUGUGCUUAUACACUUCCUUGGCCUGGGGGGGGGCUGUGACUGGGUUGUAUUGAAUGGUGGUUUGGUGGUCUAGUAUCCUGUGAUGAGUGAGAGACUGUGGGACAUUGUGUCAUUCAUUGUUGUGAAUUACACCAAACCUUUUAAUUGGCAUACAUUAGAUUAGGUUCUUGCGCGAUGCUGGACUAGUCUUUUGCACAUUCCUGCAUAUGUUGUCAUCAGACAUCCGACGCAACAUAAAUUGACGUUUCAUAUGUUGUAUUCAUAUUUUUCUGUGUUUUUUGGGGGGGGUUUUGUGCAGCCAGCAGGGUUUCAGACUUUAACAUUGGCAGACUGAGCGAGUGGCCUCCGGGGAGACCAGAAAUGCUGAGGAACCUUGAAUAAGAUGAGCAAUGUUGCCAAGUAAGCGCGUUACAUUGAACUUAUUGGCUCUUGCUGCCGGGCUCUCUUCUCCAUCUCGAUAUGGGAGGUUGUGUUAAAAGAUCUCCUCAACGUUAAGAAGUGAUCCCCAUCUCCCUUGAACCCUCUUGCAUCUCUUGUGAAUGAAGAGUGCUCUGCAUCCUUCCUCGGGGCCACCAGCAGAUGCAUCCUGCAGCUGCACGCUCCUUCCUGUCUGCACUCAGGCCCUUUUGUCUGAAGACGUUGCUACAGCAAAGUUGGUGCACCGGCUGAAUUUAAAUGUGCCAGCCCUGAAUGGAGCAAUGCUGGUAGGCUGGCAGGAGGCACCCGUUUCCAUGGUCCUUCUUCUUUCUGUGAAUUUAAAUAUUUGUGCCUUUGGCUAACUUCGACUAUGCUGUUCACGGCCUGGCUGGCACAAAACACACACCAUCUUGUUUUUGUUUACUCAUUUACUUAUUUUUGCGUCGGGAAAUCCCAAGUUUGUCGUUUUUAUUGGCUUCACAAGCAGCCCAACACUACUCUGGUUGACAUGUGGGAUAAACAGCCUCUCUGAUGUGGAUCUCCAGGAGGAUGUUUAUGACUGAGGGCUAUUUCUACUCAGGCCUCCGCCCAUGCUGCCCGCCCGCCUGCUAGACCAGGCCUGCCCAUGCUAAAAUGCAGUGUGGCCGACAAGCUUGUUUUAAGCAAGAACUUCCGUAUCAAAGUGUGUGUGUGCAACAUGGUCUCGCAGCAGAGGUAAGACAGAGGAGGGUUUUCAAUGUACCAGUUUCAGUGAGCAAGCGACAGCGUGUGCUGCAGCAUUAACCAUGUCACUGUUAAAUCAAAGCCUCUGACAGUCAGCCUCAUUCAACACACAAUUUUACAAAUAGAAACACCACAUUGGAUGAUAUAUAGGAGGUUUUCGUGUGGACGAGGACAGUGGGAGAAUCUGUUGUCAGAUUGUUUUACAGCCUUUCGACUGCGCCACAUAGGAACAUGCACAUUAUCAUGCAUGACUGUGGUGGAGGGUAAAGGAAACCUACUGAUUAAAUGUCCUUAAAGUGACAGAGAUUGAAAGGAGUUUGCUGUGUAAAUGCCCUUUACUGCUAGGAAUGCACAAACUGUAAGCUCUGGUUUCACUUGAAAUAGGAAGUCAAGGAGACACGGAAGACAUCUUAUAUCUAUCAUGUUUAAUAUUACAACUAAACAUGACCGUAACACGACAACUGAUUCUUUUUAUUACUUUUAAUUCAAGUCAGUUUUAUGGAGUAGCUUAAAAUCACAAAUGUUCCUCAAAGGGAUUCACAACACCCUCUAUCAUUCGACUCUUUGGUCGCAUAAGGAAAAUCCCCAAAAUACUAUUUUGAUUGGGAGCAUGUGAAACCUCAGAAAGAGAAACGGAGGGAUCCAUCUUCCAGAGCCAGUUAUGCCCUCUUCUCUUCUUUUGCAGUGAUUCAAUGGCACCCGACCAAAGGCUUAGCACCAACAAAAUAGUUCUUACGGAUCAAGGUGUCGUCUUCAAAACCUAAAAUAUGAAAUUCACAGGUUCAUAAAACACAGAAAAGCAGUAUGUCCUCUCAUUUGAUAAGCUGUAAACCGCGUUUGGCAUUUUUGCUUGAUAAAGGAUGUAUUUUCUGUCGGCCGAUCAAAAGAGUUGCCACUCCAGCGCGUUCCUUUUGUACUUUUUGUUGCUUGCUAUACAGUACAAGAGUCAAAUCCUGCCUCGUCUUUGUGCACAGCCUGUCCCUGUGAAAGGGAGCUGUACUUGAGCCAUCUGGCUGCCAGAUGUGCCACUACUUCCUUUGGUCCCCUCCGUGGAGACUUGAGUCUCUUGCAUGAAUCUACUCCCCAACAUCAUAUCGGUGGUAGGACGAGGACGAGGAGGACGCUGUCUGAAAGCUGGAUCUCCUGAAGUUUUUUUUGCUCAGUGCCAAGCGACGGGGGCACUUUGAGCUCCCACGAGGGGUGUUUCCCACCGACUGGGGGUGGGCAGAGGGGGGUUCAAAAGAGAAAGAUUCCUUUUUGGAUGUGAUGCCAAGUUCUCACACUCCCUUUCUCUCAAACCAUGGCGGAGAACAAGCAGCAAAGAAAAGGAUCUGGAAGUGCAGAUCGAUCCUCAUCUCACACCUGCUUGUGGAGCAUGGGUACAACUGCCAGUGCCGCGCCACAGCCUGUUUCCGUAGCGUCGCCACUUGAGAGUGUUCAUGGCAACGGGAUGGCCGACAGCAGACAGUCUCUCAGCACGAGCUCCUUUCAGACGGUCAACAUCCACAACAAGGCCAAGUCCAUCAUCACCAACAAAGUCGCACCUGUCGUCAUCACGUAUAAUUGCAGACAGGAAUUUCAGAUUCACGAUGAGAUCCUCAAGACCAACUACAAAGUGGGUCGGAUAUCAGACGCUAUGCCGGAGCACUACCUGGUGCAGGGGGAGUACUUCAUGGUCCAGGAUGUGUACAGCAAGGCAGACGUGCUCAAUACCACGGGCAGCUAUGGAGCACCCAACUUCCGCCAAGUCAGGGGAUCCUACCCGCUGUAUGGGAUGGGUCAGCCGAGUCUGAAUGGCUUCAAACAUGUUCUCCAGAGGCUCCAGGCACAAGGACACGAGGAGGUUAUAUUCUUCUGUGUAAGAGAGGAGCCGGUGGUUUUCCUGCACAAGGACGGCAACUUUGUGCCGUACACACCGAGGAGGAAGGAAAACCUCCACGAAAACCUUCAUGGCCUUGAAAAGGAGGCGCUGGUGGAGAGGCUGGAGCUCACUAUCAGGAAGGAGCUCCGUGACUUUGCGAUACUCAACGAAAACAUCUUCUAUGUCUACAACGACAUCGAGCACUUUAAAGACGAGCCGCAGAAGAUCUUCAUCGCGUGUGAGGAGGACAUCCACGUGACUGAAGAGGUCUAUAAGAGGCCCGUGUUCACCAUGCCGGCCUACAGGUACUACAGACUACCACUACCCAUGGAGGGAGCACCAUUGGAGGAAGACUUUGACGCAUUUGUUAGCAUACUCAGGGAGAGCCCCAGCUUGUCUCUGGGCCACGAUGCGUCCCGGCCGCUGCCCGCUCUGCUCUUCAACUGCCAGGUGGGCGUCGGCCGCACCAACUUAGCCAUGAUCCUGGGCACACUGGUCAUGAAUCGCCUGAGGGGUGAUUCACAACCACAAGUUGAGGAGGCAGCAGCUUCAGAGCCCAAACCACUGUUCCAGGUCAUCCAGUCUCUGAUCAACAAGCUGCCUAAUGGACAGCAGGUUAUGGAAGAGGUUGACCAGGCUAUCACCCUUUGUUCAGAAAUGCACAACAUAAAAGAAGCAAUAUACGAGAACAAGAGUAAGCUGGAAGGGAUCGGAGAAGAUUAUCAAAUUCAGGGAAGCAGCACCAAAGACUACUUUCUCAGCAGAACCAUGCAGAGCUUGGAGCGCUACUUCUACUUGAUUGUGUUUAAUGCAUACCUUCAUGAACAGUAUCCUCUUGCCUUUGUGUCCAACUUCAGCCAGUGGAUGUGCUGCCACGCUUGGCUGUACAGGUUACUGGCCUGCAUGGACCUAUCGGAGCUGUCGGCUCCGGCCGAGCUGGUCACCAGAGGGGCCCGCGUCCUGGUUGCUGAUGAGUGUCUGGCCCCUGACGUGCUCGGCACAGUAAAGGAGAUGAAGGCGGUCAACUUCAGACGAGUGCCCAAGAUGCCUAUUUAUGGAAUGGCUCAGCCAACAUCAGAGGCUACCGGAGCAGUUUUGGCCCACCUGACAGAUGAGAAGAGGAAACACGCCCACGUGUUGUGGGUCAACUUGCAGGAGGAGCUGGUGCUAGAAGGCAAUGGUCAGAUUUUUACACCGAGGGAGUCCUCAUGCCUGGACCAGCACAUUCCUAUCCCUUUGUCUGACCCACAGCUAAUGGAGAAACUGGAGACCUCUCUGAAGGAGGAGAUCCUGCGAGCUCAGAAGUGGCUUGAGGUGACGCUGGAGCAGGAGAAACAGAUGAAGAUGUUUAAGAGCUGCCUGACGGUCCAGGAGAUCUUCAACCAGCACAAAACCUCCCAGCAGGGCCUCGUGAGCAAACGCAUCCCACUGCUAGACUGCAGCGCGCCUAGGGAAGAGGAUUUUGAUAAGCUGUUGGAUGCCAUGAAGAGUUCCUUGGCUGAGGACUCUCACUCAGCCUUUGUUUUUAACUGCUCCAACGGCAAAGGCAGAACCACGACCGCCAUGGUUGUCUCUGUUCUGACUCUCUGGCACUUUAAUGGUUUUCCAGACUUUGGUGAUGAUGAGUUUGUGAGUGUUCCUGACGCCAAGUACACAAAAGGAGAAUUUGAGGUCGUGAUGCAGCUGGUGCGUCUGCUCCCCGAUGGCCACAGGAUGAAGAGGGAGGUGGACAUGGCCCUGGACUCCGUCAGCGAGACCAUGACCCCCAUGCACUACCAUCUGCGCGAGAUCAUCAUCUGCACGUACAGACAGAUCAAAAGUGGUAAGACGGAGAAGGAGUCUCAGCAGCUGCUGCUGAGGAGCCUGCAGUACCUUGAGCGAUACAUUUACCUCAUCCUCUUCAACACAUACCUGCAUCUAGAGAAGAAAGACUCCUGGCAGCGCUCCUUCACUCUCUGGAUGGAACAGGUGGCUGCCAGAGCCGGAGUUUAUGACAUCCUCAACCAGCUGGGCUUCUCCGAGUUCGAAAACCCGAGGGACACGCGGCUGGCCCGGCUGCGCUGCCGCUGGCAACAGCAAAACAUUCAGUCACUUCCUUUCCGCGGGGAGUUCAUCUGAGAGAGGAUCACUGUGAACUCACCAAAAAAGUACUGUGCUUUUCAGAAUAAAAGAGAUUUACAUUAACAAUAUUAUGCCUUCUAUAUUUACCCCUGUAUUAUGCAUAUCUUCACUUCAUCUAUUGUCUAACAUGUUGUAGGUCUUUUAAUGUUGAGUAUUAGCAGAAUGUUGCUCCUAUAUUAGAAGUUGAUAUUUGUGCCUUUGCCUUUUUUUUAUGAAUGGUAGACCAUAGAAUUUCAAUGUACUAAUAAUUAUGUUACUCUUUUCUUUCUGAAUUCUCACAUUUGAAGAUGAGACAGCCUUUUAAAACAUCUGUUGGAACAAGUUGAGUUAAAUGCUGUUAUUGAGGAGAGAAGCAAAUUCCACUGUGUUGUUAGACAACCAUUUUGGUUGUCCUUUUCCUCGUAGCACAGCUGUCAUCAGUGUUCGACUUGAUGUUUUCCAUUUUUGCCCCCUGUGUACAUAUAAAAGCUGUUGUUAUUUAAAUGCCUCUUUUGAGUUUUCUAAAGCCAAUUAGAGGGGAUGUUGUUGAGAGGCAUUUAUCACAAGAUGCUGUCAGUCAGAAUUUCUUUAGCAACAGUAUAACACCAAUAAUGUGUCCAUCUGUUUCUUUUUACAUGCAUCUACAUGUGUCAUGAUGAAGGUACUAACAGUACAGCAUGUCAGGAAUUUUUUGUUGGAUUUUACUUUAAAGCUGUAAAUGUGUCUUUGUAUUUGUGUUUGUAAACAUCGGAGCAAUGUUGAUUUAAAACUGCAAACUUACCCUUUUUUAUGAUCGUGCCAUGAAAUGCUAACAUCACUUCCAUAAGAACCAGAGAUUUCUUUUUUCUUGCAUUAUUCUUCCAUGUCAAAACCCGGUGCCUACAUUAUCCACAAUGCAACUUGACCGCCGACACCUCGGAAUUCGUAGUAUUGCAGGUGAUAAAUAAACCAUUUAACAAACGCAGCUCACACUGGUGGCAUCGGUGUAAUGAGCACAGCACAACAAGUUAGAAUUGAUUUGUCAGCCAUUCAGGGCAACAAUUACACCAGUGAUUUUGUUCACCACAUGCCAAUUCUUGUUCAGCAUGCCGUAAACUGUACAGUAUUUUUUGAACGGUCCAAACUCUUUUUUUGUUACUCUUUCAUUUGCUAAUAUGUUUUUAAUUGUAAAGUAACUUGUAGUUCAAAGUGUGCUUUAAAAAACCUCGAAUCCUGCCUUAAAACCAGAGAGAUAAGCCGGAAAAGAAAUUAAAGAUCCUUCCUCCA